CAGCAGCGGCGCGAGGCCGAGUGGGGUGGCCCGGCCCUGGGGCAGCAGCCAGGAGGGCGCCGGGCGCCAGCGCAGGGCGGGGGAGCGGCGCCGAAGUUUGCCUCGGAGUCUCGGGCGCCGCGGGCUCCCGCGCCGAGGCUUAUUUUCUUGAAAAGGCUCCAGGCUUCGGCUUGGAAAAUCCAACCGCCAAAAUUGAGCCCAGCAGCUGGAGCGGCAGCGAGAGCCCUGCCGAAAACAUGGAAAGGAUGAGUGACUCUACAGAUAAGCCGAUUGACAAUGACGCGGAAGGGGUCUGGAGCCCCGACAUUGAGCAGAGCUUUCAGGAGGCCCUGGCUAUCUAUCCGCCAUGUGGGCGGAGGAAAAUCAUCUUAUCAGACGAAGGCAAAAUGUAUGGUAGGAAUGAAUUGAUAGCCAGAUACAUCAAACUCAGGACAGGGAAGACGAGGACCAGAAAGCAGGUGUCUAGUCAUAUACAGGUCUUAGCAAGAAAGAAAGUUCGAGAAAUUCAAGCCGCCAUUAAGGUGUCUAGUCACAUUCAGGUUCUUGCCAGAAGGAAAUCUCGUGAUUUUCAUUCCAAGCUAAAGGUAACAAGCAUGGAUCAGACUGCAAAGGACAAGGCCCUGCAGCACAUGGCCGCCAUGUCGUCAGCCCAAAUCGUCUCUGCCACUGCCAUUCACAACAAGCUGGGGCUGCCUGGGAUCCCACGCCCCACCUUCCCAGGGGCGCCGGGGUUUUGGCCUGGAAUGAUACAAACAGGGCAGCCAGGAUCCUCACAAGAUGUCAAGCCCUUUGUGCAGCAGGCCUACCCCAUCCAGCCCGCGGUCACGGCCCCCAUUCCAGGGUUUGAGCCUCCGUCCGCCCCAGCUCCCUCUGUCCCUGCCUGGCAGGGCCGCUCCAUUGGCACAACCAAGCUUCGCCUGGUGGAAUUCUCAGCUUUCCUCGAACAGCAGCGAGACCCAGACUCGUACAACAAACACCUCUUCGUGCACAUCGGGCAUGCCAACCAUUCUUACAGUGACCCAUUGCUCGAAUCAGUGGAUAUACGUCAGAUUUAUGACAAAUUUCCUGAAAAGAAAGGUGGCUUAAAGGAACUAUUUGGAAAGGGCCCUCAAAAUGCCUUCUUCCUUGUAAAAUUCUGGGCCGACUUAAACUGCAAUAUUCAAGAUGAUGCUGGGGCUUUUUAUGGUGUAACCAGUCAGUAUGAAAGUUCUGAAAAUAUGACAGUCACCUGUUCCACCAAAGUGUGCUCCUUUGGGAAGCAAGUAGUAGAAAAAGUAGAGACAGAGUAUGCAAGGUUCGAGAAUGGCCGAUUUGUAUACCGAAUAAACCGCUCCCCGAUGUGUGAAUAUAUGAUCAACUUCAUCCACAAGCUCAAACACUUACCAGAGAAAUAUAUGAUGAACAGUGUUUUGGAAAACUUCACAAUUUUAUUGGUGGUAACAAACAGGGAUACACAAGAAACUCUCCUCUGCAUGGCCUGUGUAUUUGAAGUUUCAAAUAGUGAACAUGGAGCACAACAUCAUAUUUACAGGCUUGUAAAGGACUGAACAUGGUUAUUUAUAUAUAUAGAUAUCUGUAUAUACACACACACAUACGUGCACACACACACACUCUCCAUUAUCGAACGACUGACUGUAAACCUCACCACACAGGUGGUGCCCUGGCCCUGAGGUCACCCCAACUUUUCUAGAUCCUGUUUGAGUGAAGUCAUUUUUUCAUGUGUUCAUACUCUCAUGGUAGCUGUGAAGUUCUGGUACAGUUGUAAAAAGAGAAAUCGAGUUCUUUCGGUGUGUUCUUCAGAUCUGCAGCCCACAAUUCCUUGGGAAAGGUGAACCUUAAUACCCGUCUCAAUCUGUGGAGACCUGUUUCUUAUUAUGGUAGAAAAUGUUAAGACAGAGCAUUGGCCAUGGGACAUUUACUGCCUUUAUACAAAUGUAUUUAGUUCUCAUUUUUCCAACAUAAAAUUCUUGUUUUAAGAUACAAGUAAAAUUAAUCUUUAAAUAUAAAUGUAAAUUAGUACACGAAACUAAGAAUCUAGACUUAUCUUUGUAACUAAUUAGGGUGGAAGUUAUAAAAGAAUGUAAUUCACUAAAUUAUUUUUUAAAUGAAAUCUUUCUUUCUUUUUGAAACCAAAUGUUAAACUAUAGCCUUAAGAAAUGCUUGGUAGAAAUAUCCUAAUGAGACAAAUUUGUACUUUUCCUCAAGGUUAAAACUAAUCUCCUAAUCCAUUAAACUCUUGAACAGAUAUUACAAAGGAAGAAAAUUUUACCCCUUAUCCUUAACAUAUAUAGUAUAUUUAAAAUGUAAAAUUGUAUUGUACUAAUGUGAUGAUUGAUUAUUUAAUGAAAAAGAUAUGGCUCUUUUGCAAUAAGUAGAUAAAUACUGAAAAAUCUAAACUUACAAUGUUUAUAGUCUUGUGUGUGCAGUUAUAUUUUAUAUGGACAACCAAAUUUUUUAUUAAGAUGAGUAAAUAUUUGAACCACUGAAAUUUAAUAGCAAAAAUUAAAAUUGGCAUGAAUACUGCACUGUGAGCUGCAAAGUAUAGAGAAUCCUGUGGCUGGGAGAAAAUUUCAUCAACCAAACAAAUAAAAAAAAAAAAGGCUCAUCAGGUUUAGCAUCUCUGCUCCCCAGAAAACUGCAAGCAUCCUCACUAGCCUGUGGAUAAAUCCUUUCUAGUGACCCAACAUGCAUAGGAAUCCACAGUGACUAUAGCUGUGUGUGUGUGAGAUGCCUGUGUACACUUAUACACACACAUGGUUUCUCAACACUUACUGAACAUCAGUUUGGUGUGACUCAGUUUGUAAGGUGCUGACGAGUAUUGUUUCCUGGUCUGCAUCUAUAGACUUAGAUAUAUUCUCUCUAAGGACAUCCAUUUCUUUCACAUCUCUCAACAAGCACUUGUUUGACUUAGGUUUAAGAGGCCCAGCUAUUUCUCUCUGACCUUUUCAAACAGGCUCAAUCUCUCUUUCCAGGAGAGAUUCAACUUUCCAAUCCAAGUAUUCCAAAGUAUUGCCCAGGCAAAGUUGGUUUGCGGUGGCCACAUGUCUUGGGUUAUUUCCAUAAGUGCUUCAUUGUGGGAGUGAAGAGGGGACUACCCCUGAACUUACCAGAGGAAAAUGAUGUUUUUUAACUGUUAGGAGUAUGUGAACACAAUAGAACAUGAAAUUCGCAUUGUAAGUUGUAAAGAACUUAAGAUUUUUUUUCACCAAGGCUUGAAGAUAAAAACCGAGUUCUACCAUAAUCCAAAUAACUUACAUUCACCCCCCCCACCCCCACCCCGCUCUGGCCUUUCUUGUACAUUGUUCAGAUCAUGUAGUCAUGAGUGUGACCAUGUAGCUGGCUUGUGGAAAACAGCCCAGCACUGGCCUGAGCCUGGCCUCUUCCACACCAGUCCGUAGUCACUGGGAAGCUCAGAGGACGAUGUGCAGACUUUCUUAUUUGGAAUGCGUGUCCAUUAACAAACCAGCAGGACACACUCGUCUUCCCCCUCAAAAUGAGACUACCUUUGUUCCUGUUCCAACCUGGACUUUGUAGAAUUGUCCUAGCAUCUCCCACCCUUCCGUGUGGUCUUGAGCCCAUCUGGUUAAGCGUCUACACAGUCAUGUGAUGAACAUACCUCUUAGGAAUAUUUUUCUGGCUUCUAUUUCCUGCAUCUUUCAUCAAGGGAGCCUCUUUCAAGACCAGGACUUAGGAACUGGUGCAAAUGGUCUCAUGUGGCUAACUUAGGGAAGAGAUGCCUGGCUCCUAUUCCACCGGGAGUGGGGCUCUUCUGUGCUCUAGGGGGAGCUCUUGGGGUUACCCGCUAAAGUACAAAAUGGCAGGGACCCAGGAAGACCAGCUGGAGACUAACUUGACCCCUGCCUCACUGCCCACACCUUGCUCUCAGUGCCCUUGCAGCUGAGGUGUGGGGGGUAUGAAUAUCACUGAGAAUUACAUUUGGCUUUUAAAACAUCUGUAAGAUUUUAAAUCCUUCUCAGGAUUUCUCCAGGACAAUCACUGGUCUAGUUACCCCAAACUCUUGAGCUGGCUUUUCUUUGUCUCUCCCAAAUGAGACCAUUGGAUGGGAUUUGUAUCCUCACCUCUGAUCUGAGUUUCUUCGAUCCUUUGUCGUAUGUGCUUCUUCCUUCUCCUUUGGUCUUAAAGCCUUCCUAAACAAUAAGGACACCUCUGCAAUACCUUACUGCUCCUCUCUUCUGGGUGCUCUCUGUCCUGAGGCCCCUCAUUGCCACGUUUGCAGGAGCUGCUUGCACUCUGACUGCAGAGUUUGGAGGCCAGUUUUCCACAGGGAGGAGCUGGCAAACAGGGCUCUCUUCUGUUGGCAUUUAUUUCUAUUGCAGUAAGAGAUCUAAAGAACAACCAGGAUUUCAGAACAUGUCCAGAAUCUCAGGAGUGUCCAGGCAUCCUGAGACUAGGGUUUUUCCACCUCAACACUAUUGGCGUUUUGUACCAGAUAAUUCCUUGGGUGGGGCCGUCCUAAGCAUUACAGGAGGGUUGCUAAUAUUCCUGGCCUCUAUCCAGUAGCACCCCCUUACCCCAGUUGUCACAAGUCAUAAUGUUCCAGACAUGACCACAUGUCCCACAGGCUUCAAUAUCACUCCCAGUCUUGAACGACUACCCUGAAUCUUAGGGUCAUAUUAGCACCUUGGUGAUGGUUUUCUCUUCCAUUUCAUCCUGCAAAAGCCCUCUCCUGGGAACCUUGUUUCAGGUCCUCAAGAGGCAGGCAGGUGGGAAUAUUAAUCGAGUGACAUCUUUUCAUGUUUCCUUUUAUUUAGAAACUUCUUCAUAAUGGUCUCUCAACAAGUAUUCUUUUGCUCAUCCCUGGGGAAGUUAAAAAUCAGCCAGUCACUGUCAUCCUUGCUAUUAACUAACACCUAUUUAAAAAGCAUUUCUGAUUUGACUUUCAGCCCUGAGUUUACCAAGGGUUUUAAAAAAAGAAUCUAGUCAUUUUCAUUGGCAUCAGCUCAUGGAUGUCAUUAUCAAACCUUCCAUCGCUUCAGUGUAUUUCUUCUGUGCUGUUGGUACAUUCUGCGUUCCAAUCAAUGCUGUUUGUAGAAUUUACUGAAACCUCCGGAACAUUUUCUCUUCAUCUUUAGGAAGGGAAGGAGGGAAGAAUCUUGUGGCAGAAAGGGAUUGAUAGCAUUUUUCUUUCCUGAGCUAAAAGAGAGCACGAGUUAGUCCUUUGUCUUGUGGAUGAGAAGGUUGGUGCCGGGGACAUGGGAUGGCUUGCCCAAGUCACCCUACUGGCCCGUGACAGAGUGAGAGUGAGGACUCUUUAGGGCUCUGCCUCCUUAAUCCUUGGCCUCUUAUUGUAGAGGCUGUUCUUCCUCAGUGCUCUGUGCUUACGUGACCCCAGGAAGGCAUGGACAGGGUUGCUCAGACAAGGGGGUGAUGCUGCAGCCCAGGGUCACCUGCUGCCCACAUCGCAUGCCUCCGCCAGCCCUGGCCUUCGAGGCAUCCACAAGCAAGUAGGAAAAGCUGAUGAGCCUUUUCACUUCCUGUGAGGAGGGCAUUUCACCGGCCACAGGCUCUGAGUCAAAUUUCUAUUUGCUGAGCAUCCCAGCAGCAAAGUCCUGCCUUCAAGCCAAAAAAUCCGCCCCAACCUGAGCACUUGGUGUUCAAAGUCCCCAGGAGACUUUCAAUCCCAAGGCUUCUUUAGGUUUCAGUACUGUGCUGCCUUUAGCCACCAUGAAUUAUUUGAAUCAUAUGAGAUGACAGCCAGUUUUACAAACCAGGUACAUAUAAUUUGUAUACUUUUGUAUAUGCUCUGGUACACUACAUGUGUCCUACCGAAGGGUGGAGCUCAUUCUGUCAGUGUUCACACCUGUGACACUAGGGGGACAUCUGCAUUGCUUAUUUCUUUAUGUUGAUGUUUCUGUGGCAAAGCCCUGCACGCAUCAUUUCUGAAAAGCCUUAAAUCUCGGAGGCAUUGCUUGUAGGUUCUGCAGUGCAAGAGGCUGCCUCGGAACUGUGAGCCCUUUUGUAAGCUGGAAGCAUUUCUCUCACUACUGUUACUUUUUUAGGACGUUUUCAAUUCAGAGCUGCCAAAGCGUUCAGUAAGCAGUGCCUUAGUCGUACCUUAGUCGUGCCGCCAGCCUUCUCUCACACCUAUCUCAGUGUCUGCUCAUGAAUUGGCCCAGUCUUUGAAACAGGACAAGAAAAACUUGUUUUUGUUAUUUUUCUCCUUGAGCCCAUUUUUCUCUGGUUCUAUUGGAAACUGGCGACUUGGUCUAAAAUCUGAAACUGAAUCCAAGUCAGUUCUUUGACCACACUCUCCAAUGUCUAUACCAAAACAAAAGGUUGCAACUCUGUAGUUUACUAUGAAAAGUAAAUUGUACUUUUAUUGUUGCCUUUUGAAUUCAUGACCAAAUACUUAGCUAUUUGUGAAUCUUCUGCACUCUAGCAUGAAAGUGCCUUUGGUUUGAGAUUCCAGCUUAGAAAAGUGCUGCCAUAAUAACGAUAAUUUGUAGAGAGACCAAAAAUAAUUUGAGAUCACCAUAAUGCCUUUGGUUUACCGGGAUGAGUAACCAGCCACAGGCCUCUGUCACAAGAGCACAGCAUAGGCCGCCUGCUGCAGGUCUGUCCGCUGGGGGACCCCGCCUGCACUCAGCCACAGCACACCACAGCAGGAGGGACCCCCAAACUGUUGUGCUGUGUGUACCGACCACCCGGUGUGUCAUUUCCGCUCAUCAGCCAGCCCUGCAUCCACGUGAAGGAAUUUCCGCACACACAACGGAAUCUCAGCCUGUGGACAGACGUGAUGGCUUUCGCCUUCUCCUUGUGUCUGGAGUCUCUGUGGAGACUUUCCUUUCCACUCACGUGACAGCGCGCACUUAUCUGAUGUACACGAUGAUACCAUUUCGAAAGUUGGAAGCCUCAAACUGAGAUGACAGUGCAGAACAAAAAAUGUGUUAGGGUCAUCACAAUUGAAGUGUUCUUAGGGCAAAAAUGUUGACUCUGAGUGUUGUGUGUGAACGUGCUAUGAGAAACUUCCAAAGAGCACCAUUUGAAAUUCGGCCUUUGCAAAGAAUGUUCCAGCCCUUGAAGGGGUAGCUGUGGAGUCUGUGUCCGCUUUUAUCCAAACCUUGUCUAAAUUGGGAAAACUGAUUGAGGUGAGAAAGAGGAGCGAAAAGGACGAGGCCAAAAAAAAAAACUAAACAAAACACAAAACACCAGCCAAAAAGAAGCCGGGAAAAAAAUGAUUUUUUUUUUCCUGCUAACAUUGAUGUAAAAAUAACAUCAGACACCUUUGAAAGUUACCCUCUAAACUCUUAAUACAUUGUUCUGUCUGUCUGUCCCUGGUGUCUGUAGCCUCUUUAGGCUCUGCAGUUCUACCCCAAGUUGUGAGUACUUAUAAAAGUUCCAUAAACAAACACUAUGAAAGGAAAAAGAAAAUUACUCCAUACAACUAACCACAGGGUUAGCUGCUUGAAUUCUCAGCUGCUCCCCAUCAGGACUAUACCACAACUUGGAAGAAAUUAGUCAGAUAUGUGUUUUUCUGCUCCUCUUUUGAGCUGUUAAUUGUGUUUUGUUUGAUAAUAGUUUGCUCUCAUAGACUGCUUAUAUCUUUAACAAUGAAGGUUUUGUGUUUAAAAUGUAUGCAUUGCAAAGGUAGUUUCACUGAAGUCAUGCAUCCUUAAAUAAGAUGAAAUAUUUGUAUUUAUUGUCCUACUUUCUAAGCGUAACUUGUUUUACUCUGUGAAUUUGCAUUGAGUCACUCAUACACCGCAAUUCGUCAUUUUAAUAUUGGAAAUGGAUGGCAUCAGAAUUCAUUAGAUUGCACUGUGUUCCGGUUGCCAGUCGUCUGCCUCCCAUGAUGAGAUGGCUCUGCUGUCCUAAGAGAGGUAGACAAUCCAGGCAUCAAUCAAUUGGAAAUCAGUCCCUGAUUUUUUUCAUUUUUUUGCAUUAAUCAUUUUCUGUGAUUAGUUCUCACUGUGUAAAUUAUGUUAACUGUACUUCUUUAAAAAAAUGUGCAUCUAUCUCCCCAUUACCUCCUUAUAAGAUUUACUUCUGUAUGCCUUUUUUUUUUCAGUAGGCUUAUAAUUACAGACAAGAAAAAAACAAGUAAAAACAAAAACAGUACGUGCCUAAAAAAAUGACAAAAAAAUUUUUUGUAACAUUUUAAAAAACCUGAAUAGCCUUUACUUCUUUAAUAUACUCAAAUUUUUAUGUAAAUUGGUUUUUGCCACGUGUGUUUGUUCACAUUCUAAACGACUUAAUGGAUUCUCACAGUCUGUCUCUGUCCCGUGUGUAGAACGGGCUUGUGAUGUAAGCGUUUCAUCUGGUCAGUGGUUCCUUUGAUAUUGUACUGCUGCUGGGAUGGGGCUGCGGAACCUGCCUUUGCGUAACAGGUUCCUCCGGGGUAGAUUGGAAAGAUGAGGGUGGGGUGGGCAAAUUCACACACGUUUCCUUAACCUAUUUGCAGAAAUUUUCAAAAGGCAUUUGGUUAAACCUCUUGGCAGUACAGUAUUCUUGUAUUUGUUAAUGUUUGUGUUUAGGUACUGGUACCUUUUUUGUUUAAAAAUGUUCUAAGUGUUGGCUUUAAAGUGAAUUUAUCUUUAGUAUGAUAGUUAUAUGAAAAUUAUAGGAUUUGUGUGCAGAGAAUUUUUUUAUAAAGUGCUUUGUAAAAAAAAAAAUAUGUAUUCUAGCUUUCGCGGUACAUAUGUGUGAUAACUUUAAUAUCCAUGACAGUUAAGUGCAAUUAUUUCAUCACUCUAAAAAUGCUAUUUUUGUGUCAGUUCCUGCAGGUGUUUUCAUGUCUUUGCAAAGUGACACAUUUUGAUGCCUUCUUGAUAAAAGUGGUAGACAUUUUGUAGCUUUCUAGAAACUUUGUAUUCAUACGGUAUCAAUGAAAAAUAAAGAAAAUGAAAGUGUGGGUCACCUU